AUGUCAGCUAUUGAUAGUAUCAAACCAUCUUCAAUACAAUAUAAGAAACUUGAUUCCGGUGAUGUUCAGCUUCUAAUAUCUAAGUGUCAAUUGUUCUUUCAUAUGCGUAAACGUUUAGACUUCACCAAUACUCUAUCAUUAUCUGAUGAUGAAUAUAAAAUCUUUACAAGUCUUUCAAAAAAUGAUUUUGAUGAUCUAAUCUCCCAAGUAUCUAGAAUUGAUAUGCGCGAUUCAAAUAACCGAUCUAUUCGUACCGCUAUUGCAAUUCUAUUAUGUAAGCUUCGACUUGGACUAUCUAAUCGUGCAUUGGCAUCACCAUUCCAACUACAAAAUGAAUUAACAAUAUCUAAAGCUAUUAAAAGUGCAAGGAGUGCUUUAAUGAGUACGUUUGUGCCACUUAAUUUAGGUUUUAAUCAUAUAAGUCGUCGUGAAAUAAUCGAACAACACACGUCAGGAAUAGCCCGUGAUCUAAUGUGCGAUGGAAAAUCAGAUAAAGCAAUAAUUGUAGUUGAUGGCACAUAUGUGUACAUCCAAGUAAAUAAUCGUGAUUUUCUUUUGCAGCGAUAA